UUUCUGAAGGAAACACACAGGAACGGGGGGGACACGCUCUCCUGUUUUCUUUUUUCACACCUUUCUCGCAGUCUUGUCUGUCACCGUUGUCACGGCCGAUGGUUCUCUAGCUGUGCCUCCUGUAUCCACCUCAGCAUCGGAUUUUGCUUUUAUUUCUCCUCUCCUUGAUUGGCUGAACCGGGGCUGAUCCCAGCCAACCUGGGCCGGGCCGUGGUGCUGUUCAGCGAGCCUUAUAGCUGAAGUUGGCACCGGAGAUGAGCGCCUUGAGACACGGGAGCGGGGCUCUCUAUUCGCCGGGGAGAGGGUCUGGGUCGUGGCGGUGCCUGUGGUGGUGGUGGGUUGUUGCGCUCGGGGUGACAGCGGGCUCGGGAGAUCCUUGGAUGUCCGCGGAGGCAUGCCCGUCGUCUUGUUCCUGCAGCAGCACCAGGAUCUCCUGCGUUGAUCCGGAGCGGGGUAUUAAUUCCUUUCCCGUCCUGCAGAGCGAGGCGGAGAUGGAGAACAUCACCGAUAUCUACAUCGCCAACCAGAGCAGCUUCUCCUCCAUCAACGACAAAGACCUGCACUCCUACAAGAAUCUCAGGAACCUAACGGUGACCAACAGCAGGCUUACAUAUGUAUCGAAGCUGGCCUUUCAAAACAACAUCAAAUUACAGUACCUGAAUCUGAAAGAUAACAACCUGUCAUCACUGUCCUGGAGGAUAUUCAAACACCUCAACAUCUCUUAUCUGAUCCUGUCAGGGAACCCUCUUCACUGCUCCUGUGAGAACAUGUGGAUCAAGCUGUGGUUAGGGGAGGAAGCAGACACUCAGGAGCUGCGCUGCAUUGAGGAUGGAGGAGGACGUAAACUGUCCAGACUGACACUUCCUAAGUGUGAGGUUCCCAUGGCAACGUUGAGCCCAGCCAAAGUGACUGUAAUGGAGGGGGAGAACGUGAAGCUGUCCUGUACGACCUCUGGUGUGCCCUCACCUGAGCUGAUUUGGAACAUGUCAUUGGUCACCAACUAUGUGAUCGAGACAUCUGGCCAGAUUUCGGUGCUACGACUGUCCAACCUGUCGUCGAUGGACCACAACAGCAAGAUCAGCUGCACCGCUGAGAACAUUGUAGGAGAGAAGGAGUCCUCUCUGCAGCUGGAUAUACUUUUUCCCCCCAAAAUCACUAAACUGAGUGAUGCAAUCCCAGACCAUCACUGGUGCAUCCCCUUCAGUGUGUCAGGAAACCCAGAGCCCCAGCUACAAUGGUAUCUGGACGAUGAAGCGGUGACAGAGGGGCUCUACAUCAUGACCUUGAUCCACGACAUCACAGAGAGGGAGUACCACGGCUGCCUGCAGCUGGACAGCCCCACACACCUCAACAAUGGGAGGUACAGACUGGUGGCUAAAAACAAAUACGGGUCAGACCAAAAGGAGGUGGAGGCUCACUUCAUGCACAAGCCCUGGGAUGGUGAGGAGUUCAUUUUCUAUAUCAACACAGGUACUGUCAGUCCCCCUGUAGACCCACCUGAGGAUAGAGUCGCAGUGUACGUGGUGGUGGGCAUCGCCGCUGUAGCCUUCACUGGUUUCCUGCUAAUGUUGGUUAUUCUCAAGUUUGGAGGAAAUUCCAAGUUUGGCAUCAAAGGACCAUCGUCAGUGAUCAGUAACGAUGAUGACUCAGCUUCUCCUCUUCACCACGUCUCCAAUGGCAGCAACACUCCUUCGUCCUCAGAGAUGGGCCCAGACGCCGUAAUCAUCGGCAUGACCAAGAUCCCAGUGAUAGAAAACCCUCAGUACUUCAGGAGCACAAACAGUCUGCUGAAAACGGACACGUUCGUCCAGCACAUUAAGAGACACAACAUUGUGCUGAAGAGAGAGCUGGGAGAGGGAGCCUUUGGAAAAGUCUUCCUGGCUGAGUGUUACAACCUCUCGCCUGACCAGGAGAAGAUACUGGUGGCUGUGAAGACACUUAAAGAGGCCAGUGAAAAUGCCAGGAAGGAUUUCCACCGUGAGGCUGAGCUCCUGACCAACCUUCAACAUGAACACAUUGUCACUUUCUAUGGAGUCUGCGUGGAGAGCGACCCCCUCAUCAUGGUGUUUGAGUACAUGAAACAUGGAGACCUCAACAAGUUCCUCAGGGCUCACGGUCCGGAUGCAGUUCUGAUGGCAGAGGGCCAGACCACCAGACCUGUGGAGCUGACCCAGUCUCAGAUGCUGCACAUCGCCCAGCAGAUAGCAUCUGGCAUGGUCUACCUGGCAUCACAGCAUUUUGUGCAUCGCGACCUAGCCACCAGAAACUGCCUGGUGGGUGAGAACCUGCUGGUAAAGAUUGGAGACUUUGGCAUGUCCAGAGACGUCUACAGCACUGACUACUACAGGGUCGGAGGUCACACCAUGCUGCCAAUCCGCUGGAUGCCCCCUGAAAGCAUCAUGUACAGAAAGUUCACCACGGAAAGUGAUGUUUGGAGUCUAGGAGUCGUUCUCUGGGAGAUCUUCACCUAUGGAAAACAGCCUUGGUACCAGCUCUCCAACAAUGAGGUGAUAGAGUGUAUAACCCAGGGCCGGGUGCUGCAGCGCCCCAGGACCUGUCCUAAAGAAGUCUACGACCUGAUGCUGGGCUGCUGGCAGAGAGAGCCACACAUGAGACUCAACAUCAAAGAAAUCCACGGCUUGCUCCUCAACUUGGCUAAGGCCUCGCCUGUAUACCUGGAUAUACUGGGCUGA